AUGCUGUUCUUCAAUAUUAUUUCCCCUGUUGCCAUUGUUGCAUUCACUUCAGCUUUGACCCUCCCACGAUCCACCCAUGUCUCUACGCCAAGGUUUCUGACGACGCAGGAUAUUUACGUAGAGCCACGCGAAGCCCCAAUUUGCUUCAACGGACAAGGCAGCGUCGCCACAGGGGUCAAUGAAGGCAUUUCGACGCUGCGGAGCCGCGCUGCCCACGUUGCCAACGGCUUUUCCCUGAUCCCCCUGGCGCAAAACGGCGGCCAAUGUGUCCGGCUCACGUGCAGCUACAAUGUCGGCAUCUGGGCUUGUAAUGACGCCGACGUGGGUGCGCUGGUCACGUAUGAGAAUAUCGCUCGGUACGCUGAGAAUAUACGUGAUGCUUGCGGUCCUGCCUCGAAUGGUAUUUGGGUUCAUGGCCAGCAGUUUGCUUCCGAGAUCAAUGGUCUUCGUUGGAAUGUCAUUGUUGGGCGUGAUGAUGGAGGGUGUUAG